AUGCGUAAGCGGAAGCAAAUGGAUUGUGAUGACGUUGUUGUUGCAUUGGAGAAGAAAUUUGAGCAUCAGCUGGAGGUUUUCUAUAACAAGGUAACACAAAAUAUCAAUAAUGCCAUUGCAGAGGCGGUCAAUGUGGCCCUAACUCAACAAAUAUCGAAAAUAUCAUCAUCAUUAGAGAAUUUAAAUACAAAUGUGCAGAAACUUUCUACAGACAACAUAAAUAUAAGGAAAACACUGACCGAGGUAGGUGAACGGCUGCUGGAAGCUGAAAAGUCUCUUCAAUAUGCGUCUGAGAAUGAAAAGGAGUUUGACAAACGAAUCCAGGCCAUCGAAGAUACUGUAUCCCAUUCUUCUGUCUUCCAAGACCAGAUACUUGAACUCGAGAAUAAAAUAUCAAUCAUGGAACAGCAGGCGAGACAGUGUAAUAUUGAGAUAUCCAAUCUCCCUGAAAGGCGUGGUGAAAACCUGAUAGACAUUCUAGAAAGUAUAGGCAAUGAAAUCAAGAUACGAAUUCAGCGUUCCGAGAUAAUAUCCAUACACCGUGUACCUCAUGCGGAUCAAAAGAACCCUCGGCCUAAAAACGUUAUCGUUAAGUUUACUACGCGCCGGGCGGCGGGACGGGGGCGGGGUGCUAGUGGCGGUACGGCGGGAGCUGCCAGUCAUGCCGCGUGGCGCUUGCGCAGGUCAGGCGCUCACUUCCUCUACUGCCGCCCGCGCGGCUGCGCCCUCAUCCCCGUCACCGUUUGUUGA